AUCUAAAACACUCCCAAGUAUCAUCACUCCACAACUAAUAAAAAUCACAAGAUCUCGCUUUUGUUUUCAGCAAAAUUUUACUAAAAUCACUCUUCAAGACCAGAUAUGGCCGUUCGAUCAACAGGUUACUUGAAAAGCAUGGUGCAAAGGUUAAGAACUUACACCGCUCCUACAAUACCAAGAUCCAAAGCGUAUUCUACUGCGGCGAUCGAGUACGGUGGUCAGAGAACCUCCACGACGACGGCGGCUACAAAAGCUGACUUCACACCUGUUUACGUCUCCAUAGGAUUGAUCUCAUUGUCUGUAACGUUCGGUGUUUACACUGCGUAUCUUCAUCUACACGAAAACCCUGGCGUGCGUGUCAACAAGAAGAUAAGAGAGACUGUCCCCGAGAUUGAAGAUCCCGAUCGAGUUCUAAACGAAGCGGACCGAUUCGCCAACAGGUCGUGGUUUAGGAAAAUAGCUCACGUUCAAGAGUUUGACAAGCAGGAUGUGAUUUCCGAUCCAAUCAGGAAAGACCAGUUCGCUCACAAACCUCGUGCCUUGACGCUAAAGGAUGUCGGAGUUGAUCCUAAGAUGCAUGCGGCUCACUAAUUAAGCUUCAUUUAAUGAUGUGUUUUUUUGUAAUUCCUUGUUUCUUUCCUAUAAUAAAACGACUUCCUGUAAGAUGGUCGGAUGGGAUUAAGCUGGUUCAAUCCAAUCCUGUAGUGAGACAACUUCAGUGUUUUUUGUUAUUGUUGUUGUUUUCGAACAGUACUUUGUAAAAUAUAUGGGAUUACUAUAUUUGGUUUAAUCGUGUGUUUUGCUCUA